GCCGCGGCAGCAGCAGCGGGAGGGCGAGCGCCGGCCCGGCCCUGCCGAGCGCCAUCGCGGCCCCACGUGGGGCUGUGGCGCUGCCCGAUGACGCCUGAAACAGGCGCUGGCCCCGGUUCUCCCCGCCCCGCGGAGCCGCGGCAGAGCCACGCGAGGAGGUGCUGCAGCAACAGGAAUGACGGUGAACACGCCGCUGUGCUUCAGAGGAAAGAAGAUCCUGGCUCCAAUGGUGCGGGUGGGGACGCUGCCAAUGCGUCUGCUUGCUCUGGACUAUGGUGCCGAUAUCGUGUACUGUGAGGAGCUGAUUGACAUAAAGAUGCUGCAGUGUAAGAGGGUUAUAAAUGAAGUACUUGAAACAGUGGACUUUGUUGCACCUAAUGACAGAGUUGUUUUCAGAACUUGUGAAAGGGAGAGAGAGCGUGUUGUCUUCCAAAUGGGUUCAGCAGAUGCUGAAAGAGCACUGGCAGUAGCUAAGCUUGUAGAGAGUGAUGUGGCUGGAAUUGAUAUCAACAUGGGAUGCCCAAAAGAAUAUUCUACUAAGGGAGGUAUGGGAGCAGCACUGCUGUCUGAUCCUGACAAAAUAGAGUCUAUAUUGACCACCCUUGUUAAAGGAAUUUGUAAACCAGUAACCUGCAAAAUCCGCAUUUUGCCCUCAGUGGAGGAUACUGUGAACCUGGUGAGGAGAAUAGAGAAAACUGGCAUUGCUGCCAUUGCAGUCCAUGGAAGGAAGAAGGAGGAGAGGCCUCAGCACCCUGUCCACUGUGAUGUGAUCAAGGCCAUAUCUGAAGCUGUCUCCAUUCCAGUAAUAGCAAAUGGAGGAUCUCAUGACUUCAUUAAGGAAUAUGCAGACAUUGAGACCUUCCAGCAAGCAACAGCUGCCUCAUCAGUCAUGAUUGCUCGUGCUGCCAUGUGGAACCCCUCUGUCUUCAGAAAAGAGGGGUUUUGCCCCUUGAAGGAUGUCAUGCAAGAUUACAUCAAAUAUGCAGUGAGGUAUGACAAUCACUACACCAACACUAAAUACUGCUUGUGUCAGAUGUUAAGAGAACAGCUGGAAACUACUCAGGGUAAGAAGCUGCACGCUGCACAGUCCACACAGGAGAUCUGUGAAGCCUUUGAAAUGGGUGACUUCUAUGAAGAAACCACAGCUAUUUUUGAAGCAAAGAAAACAUCUUUAGUAACCAAGGUGCAAGAUGAGGAUGACCAAAUGGAAGAUCCAGAUGUAAUAAAAAUGGCUGUUAGAUUUGACAAACGAGAAUAUCCACCACAGAUCACUCCAAAAAUGUAUCUUUUGGAAUGGUGCAGGAAAGAAAAGCAUCCUCAGCCUGUUUAUGAAACUGUUCAAAGACCACUGGAUAGAUUAUUCUGUUCAGUAGUGACAGUAGCUGAGCAAAAAUACCGAUCAACUCUGUGGGACAAGUCCAAGAAGCUGGCAGAGCAGGCUGCAGCUAUUGUCUGUCUGAGAACGUUGGGUGUCCCAGAGGGAAAGCUCUGUGAGGGAGAAAAUCACCUGAUUAACAAACGCAAGAGAGGGGACCAGGAGCCCUUGAUUAGCAGAGACCAUGGAGAGGACCUUGCUGAGCCUUCCCAUAAAAAAGCUAAUUUUAUUGAAGACACUUCUGACACAAACGUGCCGAAGAUGCCACGAUAGCAUGGAAUUAAUGGAAAUUAGAGGUUUCAUGUCUAUGCAGCUACAAAUGAGCUCCUGUUUGUAUAUCUUGCUGUUCAUAUUUCAUUUGGAUUCUCUCAGAGACAGAUAAAUUUCCCAGUUGUGAAAAAUGCCACUGAGAUGUUUACUGUUUGCCACUCACUGUCCCUAUGGUGCCUUUCAGAUGAUAAUUAGGAGCUUGAUUUUAAAGAACAUGGAGAAGGUAAACCCAAUAAUAAACUUUUUUAAAUAUCAGGUAUUUUCAAAGCAA